ACGGUGGCCAUAACUCCUUUUAGGUUCGGGAACUUUGAAUUUGACGAAGUGGAGCGAGUAUGCCAAAUUUGCACGUUGAGUGGUCUACGAGCGAUGUAUGAGGCCCAAGAAGGUCGACCAUUUCGAUUCCUGUACCUGAGCGCCGAAGGGACACCUGAUGAUCCCAUGAAGAAACCCAUGUUUAUGGGAGGUUAUCAGAUUAUGCGGGUAACACAACACAGAACUGCAAGUACAAGAGCUUUCCGACAAGCACACAAAUUUAGAGAUCUGUACCGCUCGUCCAGGUGUGGUCGCAAACUCCACAACCUGGGGAAGAGCUGCUCUGGCUUCUAUGUAGCAAUUGACCAAUCAUUUCUCGCGGUUCAUUCCGAACGUGGGACCAAGCUUGCGGCGGCCAUCCUAAGCCAGGUUUUACAUGGAUUCAGUGGCGAGAUACUUUCCAGUGCGGAUUUAGUCCGAAUUGGGCAAAAAGCCUUACGUGCAAAAGAGACUUAG